CUGGAACUGAUUAACCUUAGUAUUUUUGUAUGGGAAAAUACGUUGACAAGAUUAAGUUUUAUAAUUUACAGGAUUCCAAAGCUGUGCGAGUUCUUGAAAAACCAAAUAUAAAACCACUUUAUCUGAAUGUGUCCGAAUCGAGGGAGGAGAUGACAACUAUGUAUGGAAGAUUCCGCUGUCCCCUGGAUACAACCGUCGCAUUUGGUGAGGGGACAAUUGUCAAAUUUGACAAAGUGUCGAAUUCAGAAGAAAAUUCAACAGUAUUUGAAUUGGUUUUGUAUUAUGACACAUGGAGGUAUCAGCCAAAAUUUUUGCUGCAAUCAAAAUCUGCAUCAGAAGCCCUGUUCAUUUAUUUGAAAGGGAGAGUAGAACACAGUACAGUACAAACCGAGUUUUCUGGGACAAACUGCUCAGUUGCAAUAAACAGAUCUUCCAAGAAACAAAGUACCACCUAUACUUCUGUUGUUCAAAAUUGUGACCAAAAUCUCAAUUUCAGUAAUUUUCGCUUUUGGCUUGAUAAAUCUGGAAGGGUUUUAAGCAUUCCUUAUGAUAAUCACUGCAAGGAAUCAAACACCGAGGAAGCAAAGUAUUUUGAAUCUGUAUGUUCAUCAUAUGUUUCCAACGACCCUUUAAAUGUUACCUUCUACGAGGACAAAAUGGCCGCUGAAAAUGUUAAACUAAUUCAUUUUGCUUACAAGUUCCAGCCCGCUGGACCUUGUACUGAUUCAUGUUUAACAGAUAUCAAACAAUGGUUUUUCUCAAUAAUUUAG